AUGGGUCCCUCACCUGCUGUCUCUGGCCCAGCUGCUGCUGUACAUCCCCUAGCUCAACUCCAAGUUCGACUCCAUCUCAACGACUUCCUUUUCGACAACCAAGGCCACUUCCUCAACAGCGAAUUCACCUGCUACGUCCACAACCAUCUCAUCGAGAUCAUCGCGAACGAGCAACGCGCAGCCGAAACACACCACAAGAAGGAGCGCCGCUCUCAAACUACAGCCACCAUGGUCCAGCUUACCGAGGUCGAGGACGAGCACUUCCAGUCCGGGCAGGCCGGUCCUAUUGACGAUGACGCUGACUACUCUGACACUGACUCGGAAAUUUCCGAGGACAGCGACUACAACCCUCGCGACGAGUCUUUCACCGAGCGCCUCUACGCCCUCAAGGACAUUGUUCCCCCGACGACCCGUGGCUGGAUCAGCAAUAAGGUCGAUUUUGGUGUCAGCGCCGUUCAGAACACGUGGUACUACGGCUCCCGCACCGUCUGGGUUGUCUGCGCCACCGCUCUCAUGAUCGGUGUUCCUCUGGCCACCUGCUGGGCAGAGGACCAGCAGAUCGAGGGCAUGGAGCGCGAAUACCGCAUGCGUGAGAUGGGCGGUGAUGCGCUCCUGGCUGCCGGCGAGGGCAAGGAGGGCAGCACGGCUGAGCAAGUCGGCCUCGCCCUCGAUCGAUCCGAGGCCAAGCCCGCUCUGUAA